CUAAAUUUUACGUAAAAUCAAUUUGACUUUUCGUACUUUCAUCAGUUUGAUCGCUCACCAUUACUAGCUAAAUUAUCAGUGUCUAAUAAAAUUAACUAUCACGCAAUGACAGAGGGGGGUCGGCCAUUUGUUGGAGAGGGCAGAUGCAUGAGUAUUGAGUCGAUGAAGGAGCUGAACGCCCUUCGCGAGAAAAGCGAACUGUGCGACGCGACAAUUCACUUGGACGACGGAAGCAAGAUUCCCGUUCAUCGAGCCCUAUUGUGCGCUUGUAGCAAUUACUUUAAAGCGCUUUUCACAACGCCGUUGCGCACUGCGAAUCGAAAUGCUGUGGUGUUGCCUGGAGUUCCGGCCGAAAUUAUGAACUCGCUUCUCUCUUACAUUUACAUGCGUAAGCUAGAGCUUACCGAGAAGAAUGUCUAUGAGCUCCUAAUACUCUGCGAUUACCUCAGCAUUUUGGGAGCUUUAGAAAUUUGUUGCCACUUUCUCGAGACGCAACUAAAACCGAAUAACUGUUUGGGAAUUAUGAGUUUUGCAAAAGCCUACUCUUGUAGCGGGCUUGCUGGCAUCGCAUGGAAGUACAUCAUGCGCCAUUUUACUGUUAUAGCUCAACAGAGCGAGGAGCUUUUAUUUUUAAGUUUGGAAGGAUUAAAAGAAAUUAUUAAUGCGGACGAUUUAAAUGUGAAAAGCGAGGAGACAGUGUGGGAGACCAUCCUGAGGUGGAUUGAGUUUGAUCCCGACAAAAGAAAGGAACAUAUUGUGACCCUUAUGAAAGGGAUCCGACUAGGUUUGUUGGAUACGCAAUUUUUUUUGGAGCACGUGAAAGACCAUCCGUAUGUCACCAACUGCGAGGCGAGUAGGCCUAUGAUUAUCGAAACGUUGAGGUUUUUGUAUGACUUGGAGAUGAUAACCAACCGCGAUAGUGAGGUAACGACCCCUGAGAUCGCCAGGCCGAGAGUGCCGCACGAAAUUCUGUUCGCGAUCGGUGGUUGGAGUGGAGGUUCCCCCACCGCGUACAUGGAGACUUACGACACCAGGGCCGAUCGUUGGGUUAAGAUCGAGGAAAUUGAUCCGAUGGGCCCACGCGCCUACCACGGGACGGCCGUGGUUGGGUUUAAAAUAUACGUGAUCGGGGGAUUUGAUGGGAUGGAUUACUUUAACUCGUGUAGGUGUUUUGAUGCGGUUGCCAAAACUUGGAAGGAGGUCGCUCCGAUGAACGCACGCCGUUGUUACGUCAGCACUGCCGUUCAUAAUGACGUCGUGUACGCCAUGGGCGGUUACGACGGUCACCAUCGGCAAAAUACCGCCGAAAAGUACGAUUAUAAAACCAACCAAUGGUCUUUAAUCGCACCGAUGAACAUGCAGAGAUCUGACGCGAGCGCCUGCACUCUAAACGGCAAAAUUUAUAUUACUGGCGGAUUUAAUGGGCAGGAGUGUAUGAAUUCCGCUGAAGUGUACGAUCCAGAAGUCAACCAGUGGACUAUGAUUAAUCCAAUGCGCUCCCGCAGAUCUGGCGUUUCGUGUAUCGCGUACAGGGGGCAGGUUUACGUAAUUGGGGGGUUCAACGGAAUUUCCCGCAUGUGUAGUGGGGAAAAAUACAAUCCUUUGAAUAACACCUGGAUUUCCAUUCCGGAUAUGUACAAUCCUCGUAGUAAUUUUGCCAUGGAAGUUAUCGACGACAUGAUUUUUGUCAUUGGCGGUUUUAAUGGUGUUACGACAAUCUUCCACGUGGAGUGCUACGAUGAUAGAGCAAACGAAUGGUACGAGGCCACCGAUAUGAACAUCUAUAGAUCGGCGUUAUCGGCUUGUGUGAUUAACAACCUUCCAAACGUACAAGAUUACAUCCAUCAGCACAGGGAGAGGCUGAUGGAGGAAAAAAGGCAAAGACUGAUUGCAGCUCAAGAGGCUCAGAGGCAAACUUGGGCGGCUGCACACACCGCCAACGAUGCUCAGCCAAUACAAUUGGCGCGUGCUCAAAAUCAACAACAAUUAAAUGUACUGCAACAAUUAAACGCAAACUUACACAAUCAAGAUCGAGCACUAGCGGCUGUCCCAGAACCUCCCCCGUUGGGAAUGGACAUGGACAUAGAUGAAAAUCACAUACCGCCAAUCUAGCAGUGAGAUUAAGGGACGGAUUUACCUAAAAUCUGGGUUACGUUUCGAAAGGUCUCAAAAUUACGUUCCUCUUUUAAUUCGAACAGCGGCAGUUUUCAAUUAUGGUGUGGGUGACUAAAGAUAAGACGGUUGCGCCGACGCCGACUCUACAUGUUAUCGCUUCACCGAACAAUUUUCCGCGCAGUUGUUGGUGACAAUUCAAAGCGGCGCGAUGUAUGCAGUAUGGUCCAAGUGGUAAAUGGGGUGGAUGGUAAUGGUUCUUCCUUUGGAGAUAGGGUGAGCAUUCAUUUUUGUUUAAUUAGGUUGCAUGAAAUAGGUCACUGAACGUCAACAAAUCUCUGGUAAUGUUGAACGGCAAAUUAAAUUGCGUAUAAAAUACGAAUACGUAUUUAAAUACAUGUUUUUUAACACGCGUUCCGGAUCCUUAAUACCCUGAUCAUUUUUAAAUAUUAGAAUCUGGAUUACUAAUAAUGACGUAAAACCACAACAUGUAAUUGUUGAUUAUACGUGCAUCCAUUACAGAAGGCGUUAGUCAUCAACAGAUCCGCCGUUGAAGUAAACCAUCCAAAAUAUUCA